UAGCCCCAAGUAUUAGAAAAUUGCAAGCUGGGACAGAAAACCAACCGCUGGAGCUGGUCUUAGUGAAUACUGACUGACUGACUGUUAAGAAACAGUGCGUGAGAAAGAGAACGAGAGAGACAGCGCGCAACCUAUGGAAAAACUGAAGUCAAUAAUUCCGUUGAAGAUUAAGGGGGAAAUAAAACAAAGUACUGCAGAAGAUCUUGCUUCAACAUCUUCUUCCCUCCAUGAAUUCUUCGCUGAAUCACCCCUCUUUCACUCAAUGUUGCAGGACUUGACUAAUCCUCAACUGGGUCUUUGCGCCAAGAACAAAGAGGAUGCUUUAGAGUUGAAGUUCAAAGGAAAUGCUUGUUUUUCUUCUUGUGAUUAUUCCCAGGCUACGCGUUUCUAUUCUCAGGCUCUCCGUGUUGCUCCGAUGGAUGUUGACAAUGACAACAAGUUGGUUGCAACCUUGUACGUGAACCGGGCUUCUUCUUUUCAUAAAAUGAAUCUGUUGGUGGAGUCCCUACGAGACUGCAGCCGGGCCCUCUCAAUUAGUCCAAGAUAUGCAAAGGCUUGGUACAGAAGAGGCAAGGUCAAUACUUCUUUGUUAAAUUACGAAGAUGCAAUUUGCGAUCUAAAGGUAGCCUUAGACUUUGAAGGAACUUGCGGUGGAAAGAGACAGAUAGAAAAUGAUCUAAAGUUAAUAGCAGAACGGAAGAAGACUGAAAGUUCCUUUCGAGAGCUCACUGGGAAAGAGCAGCUUGUAAUUGACGAGCUACCUCAAGGAAAGCUGCAGUGUGUAUCUACUCCAACUAAAGGUAGGGGUAUGGCGUCAUUAUGUGAUAUGCCUCCAGCUUCUUUACUUCACAAGGAAGAGGCUUAUGCUGCGAUCAUAUCAAAGAGCUUCCGCGAUACACAUUGUCAUUUCUGUUUUAAUGAACUACCACAAGACAGUGUUCCCUGUACAUCAUGUUCAAUAUCAUUGUACUGCUCUGAGCAUUGCCAACUACAGGCUGGAGGACAGGUUUCUAGGAGUUAUUUAUCAAACAAAGAAACUGAACAUAUUCUUUCUGGUGAACUUCAAAAGUAUUUAUCAAAGGUGACUUUAGAAAGUCAUUUGGAUUCAGGCGUGGAGUUCUUCACUGAACAUGGACAUGAAUGUCAUGGUGUGAAUUGGCCUGUUGUGUUGCCAACUGAAGUGGUAUUGGCUGGUCGUAUUUUAGUGAAGUUGCUGGAACUAAAAGAGAAUUCGAAAGAUUUGGAUCUUUCUCAUAACUAUGUACAUCUCCCUCCAGAAAGCAAAGUGGAGUUGCAUGUAUACUCAAUCGUGCUACUUUACUGUCUUCACUCUUCGUCUAGAACUGGAUUAGAGCUGCGUGGAGCUAUUUUUGCAAAGGUUAUCAUCCUUAUCUCCCAAAUAAAGGUCAAUUCCAUGGCAAUUGUUCGUAUGAAAUAUGCUGAUAUGUGCCAUCCAGUAAAUCAUUCAGAAAAUCUGUCUUUGCCUGGAGAUACUUUGACAAGCAAUCUUGAGCAGGUGAGAGUUGGACAAGCAAUAUACUUAUCUGGCAGUCUUUUUAACCACUCCUGCAUGCCAAAUAUCCAUGCAUAUUUUAUUUCUCGUUCACUUCUGAUAAGAGCCACAGAAUUUGUGCUCACUGGGUGUCCAUUGGAGAUGUCUUAUGGCCCACAGGUGGGCCAAUGGGAUUACAGAAACCGACAACAAUUUCUACAAGAUAAUUAUUCCUUUAAAUGUCAAUGUAGUGGUUGUGAUAGUGUUAAUCUUCCAGAUCUUGUCUUCAAUGCAUUCCGCUGUGCUAAAAUGAAUUGCUCUGGUGUGGUUCUUGAUGACUGUAUGGUUGAGUACGAGAAACAUAAGUUCUCUAAUUUACAAGUGAUAGCUGAAGAUCACAGCAUGAAGCAUCAACGAGAGGUGGAUAAGUUGAUGAACGAUGAGAUAAAGAAGAUUGCUUGUCUCAUGUUCGAACAUAGUAAUCACUGCCCUGAGGUUCAGUCUGGAUGUUGCCUAAGAUGUGGUUCCGUUAAUGAUCUGAAGUCUCUGCAUGUAACUGCUGAUGAAUCUGAUAGAUAUAUACGAAGUUUGCAGGAAGCUGUUAUUUCAAAGCAGGUUUAUGCUGGUCUCCUCUCAAAUGCUUUGAGUUCUCUUAAAGAUCUGAAAUCAUCACUUCAUUCAUAUAACAAGAAACUUGCAAAGGCAGAGGAUAUUCUAGCUGAAGCGUUUUGUUCAGUCGGGGAGCUGCAACAGGCAAUUGACCACUGUACAGUAUCCGUUGAGAUUCUUAAGAAGCUUUACAGUCCUGGUCACAUUGCUCUAGGGAAUGAGCUCAUAAAGCUUUCGUCUCUUCAGCUAGCGUUAGGUAAUGCUGCUGCUGCAGAUACUGUAAAUCAGAUGGAUACCAUAUUCUCAAACUAUUAUGGGAGGCAUGCUGAGUUAAUGUUUCCAUAUCUGCAAAACCUCAAAAGGGAAGUUCACAAGCUCACUGAUAGAAGCAGAACGUGAUACUCCUACUUAUAUGCAAACCUCACCGAUGGAGGCAGAUCAUGAUACUUCUACUUCAUGUAAAUCAUGCAGUCUGCACAUUGGAAGCCCUGUCAUGAAUGUGUGAACAGAAGCCCCACUAUUAACUGUCAAGCAUUGGGGCACAAACAUGAUCAAUGUUAACUAAGGACCUCGUGGUAUGAUGAUAGAUUGUCACUGUCUGACAGCCAAACUUCCCAAAAAGUUGACAGUUUGCCUAGGUGGUCAGUUGAGCUACACCAAAGCCACAUACACUGAUACACCUUAACAUCCUUGACCUGCAUUAUGAUUUCAAGCUUUGCAGCAGGGCCAUGUCAGAUCUGAGAACUUCCUAUGCUUCUUUGGCAUUCAGUUUCUGCCUUUCUGGUGUGCUGUCAGAGGGGAUAACUUCGCUUACAUUAGAAUUUGUUGUGAUCUGGUCGGGCUUAUCAUGCUUCUGGUAUAUCUUUGGUGUGAGGUUAUAAUAGUCGAUAUCCCAAGUAUGCUAGCGUUCAUGGCAACGGUUGGUGUGCUUUUGGUUUGCAACAAGAUCUGCAUCGAGUAGCUGCUCCAGUAGUUGGCUUAAUAUUUAAUAGCUGGAGAUGCAGGAUUUAAACAAUUUUUUCACCAGAUUCAGUUUGUAAAUAUGCAAACCUGCUGUUUUGCAUUGAUCUUUUUGGGUUUUGUACUCCAUGCUUCAUUUGCUGAAGGAGUUCUUCUGGUAUCUUUUAAUUAACAGUUUAAUUCUCGAGUGAACUUAUGUUUAGCUAUUCUAUCUAGUGGCUUAGUGAUGUAAUAUCAAAUACACAUGUAAAAUAUCUUCUGUUAAAAAAUGCACUUUUCAUUA